AGCUUCGCGUCGUCAUUUGUCCCGUGCGGCUACCCGUCCGCAUACGAAUCUAGCCCGGGAACUGAGAACCGGAGGAGUGCGGUCAUCAUUCGGGAGCUGGUCGGCUCCAGACGGCUCUCCUCCGGGCUGGCAAGAUGUGCUCCCUGGGGUUAUUUCCCCCGCCGCCGCCUAGGGGUCAAGUCACCUUAUACGAGCACAAUAACGAAUUGGUGACCGGCAGUAGCUACGAGAGCCCGCCUCCCGACUUCCGGGGCCAGUGGAUCAAUCUUCCUGUCCUACACCUGACCAAGGAUCCAUUAAAGACCCCUGGAAGGCUGGACCAUGGGACAAGAAAUGCAUUCAUCCAUCACCGCGAGCAAGUGUGGAAGAGGUGCAUCAGCAUUUGGCGUGAUGUGGGCCUCUUUGGGGUGCUGAAUGAAAUUGCAAGCUCAGAAGAAGAGGUGUUUGAGUGGGUGAAGACGGCCUCCAGCUGGGCCCUGGCCCUUUGUCGAUGGGCCUCCUCGCUCCACGGCUCCCUGUUCCCCCAUCUGUCUCUCCGGAGUGAAGAUCUGAUUGCUGAAUUUGCCCAAGUUACAAAUUGGUCCAGCUGCUGCCUGAGAGUGUUUGCCUGGCACCCUCACACCAACAAGUUUGCUAUAGCCCUGCUUGAUGACUCCAUCCGUGUGUAUAAUGCUAACAGCACGAUUGUCCCUUCCUUGAAGCACCGGCUGCAGCGCAAUGUGGCAGCUCUUGCCUGGAAGCCCCUCAGUGCCUCUGUCUUGGCUGUGGCCUGCCAGAGCUGUAUUCUCAUCUGGACCCUGGACCCCACCUCUCUGUCUACUCGGCCCUCUUCUGGCUGUGCCCAAGUGUUGUCUCAUCCCGGGCACACACCCGUCACCAGCUUGGCCUGGGCACCCAGUGGGGGUAGACUGCUCUCCGCUUCCCCCGUGGAUGCUGCUAUCCUGGUAUGGGAUAUUUCGACAGAGAUCUGUGUCCCCCUCCCAUGGUUUCGAGGGGGUGGGGUUACCAACCUGCUCUGGUCCCCAGACGGCAGCAAAGUCUUAGCCACCACUCCUUCACCUGUCUUUCGAGUCUGGGAGGCCCAGAUGUGGACUUGUGAGAGAUGGCCUACAUUGUCAGGGCGCUGUCAGACUGGCUGCUGGAGCCCCGAUGGAAGCCGACUGCUGUUCACUGUAUUAGGGGAACCAUUGAUUUACUCCCUGUCAUUCCCAGAGCGUUGUGGUGAGGGGAAGGGGUAUGUUGGAGGUGCAAAGUCAGCAACAAUUGUGGCAGAUUUGUCUGAGACAACAAUACAGACCCCAGAUGGUGAGGAGAGGCUUGGAGGAGAGGCCCACUCCAUGGUGUGGGACCCAAGUGGGGAGCGUUUGGCUGUGCUCAUGAAAGGUAACCCCCGGGUGCAGGAUGGGAAGCCAGUCAUCCUCCUUUUCCGUACCCGAAACAGCCCUGUGUUUGAGCUACUUCCCUGCGGCAUUAUCCAGGGGGAGCCAGGAGCCCAGGCCCAGCUCAUCACCUUCCAUCCUUCCUUCAGCAAAGGGGCCCUGCUCAGUGUGUGCUGGUCCACAGGCCGGAUUGCCCACAUCCCUCUGUACUUUGUCAAUGCCCAGUUUCCACGCUUUAGCCCAGCGUUUGGCCGGACCCAAGAGCCACCAGCUGGAGGUGGAGGCUGUGUUCAUGAGGUGUCACUCUUUACAGAGACAUCCCCCACCUGUGCCCCUUGGGACUCUCUUCAAGGGCCAUCUGCUCAGCCGUACUCCCCUCACCCGCAUCUCUAAUAAACGUUUGUCUUCCACUUGA